UGGCGGUGUCGUCCCGGUCACGGGGACCCUCAGAAGAAGAAGCGGCGUCCCGGCAGCAGCAGAGGUCCCGGAUGGCGGAGGUUCGAGUGAAGAAAGAGGCGAACCUGCCGGAACCGGCGGAGGUGGAGAACAGGAUCAGAGAGCUGUGUCAGCAGUUCCCUCAGGGAAUCACAGACCAGGUGAUCCAGAAUGACAUGCCUCACCUGGAGCCGCAGCAGAGGGCCCUGGCCAUCAACAAGUUGCUGUCCCUGGGGCAGCUGGACCUGCUCAGGAACAGUUCUGGCCUUCUGUACAGACUGAAAGACUCUCAGACAGCGAGUAAGAUGAAGGGCUCGGACAACCAGGAGAAGCUGGUUUAUCAGAUCAUCGAAGAUGCAGGAAACAAAGGAAUCUGGAGCAGAGACAUCCGCUUCAAGAGCAACCUCCCUCUGACCGAGAUCAACAAGAUCCUGAAGAACCUGGAGAGCAAGAAGCUCAUCAAAGCCGUCAAAUCUGUAGCCGCGUCCAAGAAGAAGGUCUACAUGCUGUACAACGUGCAGCCGGACCGGUCCGUCACCGGCGGGGCCUGGUACAGCGACCAGGACUUUGAGUCCGAGUUUGUGGAGGUUCUGAACCAGCAGUGCUUCAAGUUCUUGCAGAGCAAG